GCUUUGGAUUCUUCAUCUUGCCACAGCCCAUGCACCGCAACUGGACCGACGACGACGACGACGACGACGCCGACGGCGCGUGGAUGGACGAGGAGCCGACGACGUACUCGCCCUACUAUGCGUCGACGCCGUAUGCUCCGCCGCCACCGCCGCCGCUGGCCGUCGACGCCUGGUCCGAGGCCGAAGCCGUCGCUGAGAUCCACGCCGCCAUUGGCGACUGGCAGCGGCGCUUCGCCGUCAACGACGAGACCGACGACUAUGUGCAGAUACGGCGCAAGCAAGAUGCGUGGCAGUCCAUCGCGUCCAAGGUCGACCACGUGUCCCGGUACCUCGCUGCGCCGCCGCCCAAGCCAAUGUCGGUGUCGUCGACACCGCGCCACUCCGAGUCGGAGUCGCCGGAAGCCAACUGGGCAGGUCUCUGGUACCUCCUCGGGGACAUGGAGGACGACGACCGACGGCGCAGCUCCGAGUCGCGCAUGCCGGGCGAUGCAUACGUCCUCUUGCAGAUCUGGAGCUGUCUCGACAGCCGCGACUUUGCCAACGUCGCUGGCGUCUGCAGCGACUGGUUCCGCCUCGUGUACCACUCGAAGCUUGGGCAGCAGCGCUGGCAGCAAAUCGUUAAGCGCCGCUGGAAGCAUCUCGACUUUGAGAACGACCGCCACGUGCACGCCCUCUGUCCCGACUACGACUGGCGCAAGCGCUAUAUCGCGCUGCAUCGACUGGUCGGCAACUGGCGCCACGGACGCUACAACACGCGCGCGCGCCUCAUGGCAACGCCCGCCCCCGCCCGGUCGCUGGCGGUGCUGACGCCAACGCACCUCGUUCUCGGGGAUGCGCGAGGCCAUGUGCGAUACCUCAACACGGCCAGCGACGACGACGACCACGCAAUCGAGUACCGAGCGCACGGGUACAGCGUGAGCACGCUCGCGGUGCGCAGCUCGACGCUCGUCAGUGGCUCGAUGGACGGCCUCGUGCUGCUGCACGAUGCAGACCGCAUGGCGCCGCUCGGUCGCUUAGAUGGGCACUUGGACGCGAUCACGAGCGCCGAGUUUGUGGCCUCGAGUCUCCUGCUCACAGCUUCGAUGGACGGCACCGUUCGCCUCUGGGACACGCGAUCCGGGGCGCCGCCAUUGGUGUUUGAAGAUGCGUCGACCCAACGGGGCCUUCGACACGCGACGAGCUGUCCGGAAGCCCACACCUUUUAUACCUUUGCUGCCGACGGCGUCGGUAGUGUGUGGGACCUUCGUCGCCCAGCAGCGCCGCUGCGCGUCCUGCGCGACCAUAUUCCUGGCGUGGCCUCGUGCUGGCUCUCGCCUCGGACUUGCGUCGUGCUCGACGCAUCCGGCACCUGCACGUGGCUCAAACAUGGCAAGGUGACUGGGUCGUACGCCGGCAGCGGGGGUCGUCCGCUGGGUCUUCUGACAACCGACCUCGAUCCGUCCGUAUUGGCCAUCGCAACCUCGGACGGCGUCCAGAUCUGUGGCGAUGCCACGUCAUCGAGUACCAUCGCGGCGCUGUACAGUGUGCCGCUGUCGCUGCGCUGCGUCAGCGCCGACCGCACGUCGCUUCUUUGCAUCGACUUGGCCCACCAGCUGCACCAACUCGCGUUCUCUUCGUAACCCUAACCCGUUUCGCGCGACACCUAGCCCGCGUCGGACCCAC